UCCCUCGCCGCUCUCCCGCCUUUUUUCACUUUCGUCGGAGGAACGUCUCAAGUUCAUGGGUCUUUUGAAGGCCCACUUACGGUCGUGGUGAUGAUCAUACGCUCCCUCCUGACCUGGCCUUGUCUCAUACCAAGAUCGAAGGCCCAGCAGUCCUGACGCCAUAGAGAGACGGGGUGGGCGGCCUAGCCUUCAUGAUCAGGCCUGAUUCACCUGACCAAAUCAGAGCUCUUCCCUCUCAACAUGGCAGUCUUCAAGAGAUCCUGGAUUAUCAUCGUUCUUGUCCGAAUCAGAAUGAAGAUGAUGAUGGCCUUACCUAAGCCCCAGGUGGUCUUGUCGUCUUCCAUCAUGAGAUAACCCAGGGGGAACAAGAAGAAAAACAACACAUUCCAGAGCAAGAAAAAAAAACUCAGUGGAAGAUUGAUUAGUGCAGGAUUUUUUUUCAGAUCCUCCGGACGACCUAGUGCUUCAUCGUGAUAACAGAUUCUAGAGGUUAAACUCUAUUUGGAUGCAAAGAAUUGUGAUUGGGCCAUUUCUUGAGGAGCAGAUUUGAGGUCCAAAUUCAGGAUCACAUUAAGAGAGAUCAUGAUAAAGGACCUCAAGUUGUCGCAAUUGUAUUUUGGACCAGUUCCAAGGCAAUGGUUGUAUUCAAAUGAGAUGUCGGAUUACCAGUCUUAAGAAAGGGCUUUAUUAGAAGAGACGGGCUACUUUGAUUGGACACCAACGGGAAUAUGGAUUGACGAUGAUACACUAGGAUGCCCGUCAAUAAAUGCCAUGACUUCGCCAAUGCAUUGCACCGACAAAUCAUUAAGCCUACAUUAUCUAUGAAGGACAUCAGUCAUUUUGGAUGUAAACUCACCGAGAUUAUUCACAAGAGCAAUACCAAGAAUGUAAUCGGUGGCAACAUGUCUACGUUGAACCAAAAAGAUUCUCAAGGAUCUUCCAUAUUGCCACCCAAAUCCAAUGACAUGCUCGGUAAAAGUGGACACUUCCCAACGGAUAUGGAGGCCAACAGCCCGAAGUUCAUAAACGAGCCAAAAGCUCUGUCGGCAACCCUGACUCACACACAGGCCAAGCCCCGAUUCUACUACAGUGAUCCUGAGAAGCUGCACGAACUUUCGCAGGGUGACCAAAUGGAUGGCUCCGAGGAGUGUGAAAGAGGUUGCGAGCUCUUGACUCGGGAAUCGGACGGACAUUCAUUUAGUGGUCCGUCCACUUCCAAUUCGCCUCUCCUGGGUCGAUCACACGAUAAGAAUCAAAUUGGAAGAACGAAGGUCAGUGCCAAGAAUUGCGUGAUUGUCACUCCCGCCUUAACCAUAAAGGCCACCGGGGACUCCAUGAAGAUAAUGGCUGGACCCAAUCUUGGCGUCUCUAAUAAUGGCGACGAUGAUGAACAUGAUAAGGAUCACGAGGAUCAAGACGAGGAAGACGAGAAUAGCGGUUACUUUGACGAAUCCCGCAUUGCAAUGCAUUUGAGCUAUAGCUCGGAGCGGCCGUCAAAACCAUUCAUUCUAUCAGAAAGCAUUCCAUUAAUCACAUCCCCACCUAUGAUCUCGAGUCCCCCAGGCUCUCCGACACUCUCUGGGUCUUCCACCUCCUCGACAAACAACCACUCAGAUGGCCGUCAAUACAACCCAUCUCAGGAGCGAUAUCAGCAUCACAAUUACAAACGCCAGCGCUCACCUAGUCCUCCAAUGGAUAACGCUCCAAUCCCCGCCCUCACCUCCCUAUCCAGUUCCCUCCCUCCGCCCAUAAUCCAAAUCGACAAAAGUGACACAGUCAAAUCAUUGGCCCCGAAUCCCGUGAAGGAGUUCCGGGGCAAAAAAGUGAGCCCAGUGGAUCCAUUCUAUGAUCCCGAUAAAGACAAGGACAUCACACCAAGAUCUAUGGUAUUGGACGUGGGCGGUCGUCGGCACAAGGUGCUCGAUUCGAAUUUCAGUAUUUUCCCCAACACCCGUUUAGGCAAGUUGGUCCGCGCCCGGACCGAAGAGGACAUCUUGAACUUGUGUGAUGGGUACAAGUCCGGUUCCGUUCCCGAGUUCUUCUUCGACCGGAACUGGCACAGUUUCAACUCGAUCCUGGAUAUCUACCGCAAUGGAGUGCUGCAUUUAAACACGGACAUGUGCGCCCUUGUUCUGCAGAAGGACCUCGAGUACUGGCAGAUUGACGAGCUCAUUUUAGAACCGUGCUGUGCAUUAAAAUUCUAUCCGGAAAUUGAGAUUUGUGUCAAAGAACAGAAAGGCGAACACGAGGCCAAACGGAAAGAGGCUCAACGACUGGAAGACGAGAAUUUUGGAACUCAUCGCUUGGGAAGGCUUCGUACAUUUCUAUGGAAUCUGAUGGAAUACCCGGAGACCUCUCGAUAUGCUCAGGCCAUGGCCUUCACGUCUUUGGGAGUGGUGCUGAUCUCAACUAUGACCUUCGUUUUGGGAACCUUUCCGUUCGGUUUUCUUGCGCUCCGAGGAAAGUUCACUUCUUCUUGGCUCCCAUGAAUUUGGUGGAUCUCUUCGCAAUAAUUCCAUUCUUUUUGGAUCUCGUCAUUGGAGGCCUCCAGGACUUCGAGAUCAUGGGCAAGGCCGGUAAAAUCGUUCGUUUAGUCCGAGUAAUGCGAAUCAUGAGGAUCUUCAAGCUUGUCCGCCAUUUCGCUGGACUCCAAAGUCUCAUCUACACACUGAACCAGGCCUACAAAGAGCUCGGACUUCUCAUGCUCUUAGUGGGUGUGGCUGUCCUGACCUUCUCUAGUUUGGUCUACUUUGCUGAAAAGGACAACCCUCUAGGACCUUGGUCUUUCUUGGAUUCUUUCUGGUGGGGUCUAAUGACUCUAACUACUGUGGGCUAUGGAGAUCUGAGUCCUUCCACAUUUCCAGGAAAACUCAUUGGUGGACUUUGUGCCCUGGGUGGCAUAUUCAUUCUGACGCUUCCCAUCCCCAUCGUGGUGAACUCCUUUGCCAGUUAUUACAAGAACCGCCUUUGGCGAAACGAGGUGGCCCACAAGAAAACGAGAAACGUGCAAAAGAAACGCCGUGAAAUGGAACUCUUAAUGCGGGACAACCUGCUCAAUAUCCUGACCGUCCCAGGUACGCCCAUCGAUUGCAAGAAUCAUUUUGCAGAAAAAUGGAAGCAACCCACAUGAUCAUCAUCGCAAUGAUUACAAGUCAAUUAAUUGGUGACGAUCCGUCCAGGACUCUUCGCCAUCCCUAAAACCGAUUAUGUCCCUCAACCCAAAUUGAAGAAUUGUCAUAACAAGAUAGAGAGUCAAAAUAUUUGCUCUUCGCAGCAAAGAGCUCUCGUAUUACUUAGUAAAGUCAAAGUCAACGCAAUCAAUAAAAAAGCCACACACCCAU